CGGAAAUCCAGCCAUGAAGCCCUCUCCGAGCUUGCCGGACCCGACUCUAGCCUACCAAUACCCAGACGCGAUGCGCUUCAGUCUUUCAGAGGAGGGGACGGGAUACCCGAGGGGAAACCAAUGGAGUUCACUUCCGGCUCACCAAGCCAGUCACUCGGCGUGAAGAGGCAGUCCAGCCCGACGCGCUCGCUCAGUCGCAUCCCCGUGUCGUCAGUCGGCAACGCGCGCGCUCUAGCCGACGAAGGGCACCCGUCCCGGUCCACGGCGCAUUCGCCUUUGAACGGGGCACCUCCGCCUAUCGACGCGGCUGCCGCCAACUCCUCCCUCAGCGCGUCGUCGUCUGCCUACCCGCAGCCCCCUCUUUCACCCGGCAAACGGUAUUCAUUAGCAGCGGGGGGAACGACGAAGGUGUUGGCGGAUUUGCAGGCGGGUGUGACGAGCACGCGGAACGCGCUGGAGAACACGAAGCAGCAGCUGAGGCAGUCACAGCGGCAGGUUGCGCAGCUCACGAGGCAGACGGAGGAUCUGAAGGAGGGGAGAGAGCGGCUGAGGCUGGAGAUUGACGGGCUGAAUGCCGUCGUGACGCGCAAGGAGAGGAUGCUGCAGGAGGCCAUCGAACGCGCUCGCAAAGCUGAAACUGAGGCUGCCUCGCUAAAGUCUCAGUUGAAGACGGAGAUGGCGACAUCGAAAAAGUCCCUGCGGGAGAUGGAGGCUACCGUUUCCGAAUCUACCGCAGUCUCGCAGAGGAGCAAUAGGGAAUACGUCACUCUGCGGGACAGCAUCAAGAGUAUGGUCGAGGGCUGGAAGUCCGACAUGGACAGCCUCCGUGAGGAGAUGCGCAAGCGUGAAGAGCGGUGGCGGAAGGAGGCCGAGGACGUCGGCAAGAAGUACCGCGCCCUUCUGGAGGAAGUGCGUGCGGCCGAGAAGGCGAAGGAGAGUGUCAAGGAUCUCCGGGCUGAGGACGAGCGGCUGCGCAAGGCGCUUGAGGACGACUUCCGGGAAGAGAUCGCACGGCUAAAGGGGGAGGUCGAGAGGUCGUCGAAGGAGAGCGACGAGUCUUCUAGAAUAGCCAAGUGGCUGGCAGGCGAGCUAGCGCGCUUGCGCCGCCUCAUGCAAAAUUCUGGCGAGCAGGUAUCUUCCUCGUAA